UCCCGUCUUGCAUCCAUCAUAUCUUUUGCGCGCCGCCGUAAUCAUCUCAACAACAACAACGUUAUCCAAUCGAACAAACGGCACCAGCAACAUCGCGAACCUUCGUCGCUUUUGCCUUUCUUUGAAUCACCGACAAAGAACGACUGCCCUAUCGUGGAACAUAUACGAAAUAUACCGAUACCAUUGUAAUAUUGAAAUCGCAGCAACAGCUACUCGUCUUGGCUCUUGGAUUCGAACAGAAAGAUAUACAAGAUGACAAUGUCCCCCGAGGAACAGGAGCUGAUGGAGAGGAUCGCCCGCGUGGCCGGCCAAAUCAAUCAGCACAAAAAUCAACAAGCAGGCCUUGUUCCGCCGCAGAGCAGCCACACACCACCGCAUCACCGUACGUCCGUGGAGUCUCGAAACAGCAACCGUGCUAGUAUUGACGGUCUUGAAGACUCAGGUUAUUCUGGAAGCUGGCGUCAUCAAAGAGGAGGCUACCCAUACCCAACCCGCGCCCAUUACACCAAGCCUGUCCACCGUCACAGGACUUUGGUGCUGAAUGGCGCGUCUCAACAACAAGGUAAAGCCGGUCAGCCCAGCUCGGGCGCCACGUCGGACUCGUCCACGUCGUCCUGGGUAGCAAAGAACGACCGUCACCUUCAACUCAUCAACUCGUCCAUCUAUCACAAGGGAGCCCAGGCUCGCACUCGGGCCAUCGAGCAAACCCUGCGCCAGAAGCAACAGCAGAGAGAUGAUCUGGAACGGACCAAGUUGAUCAACCAUCUACACCGUGCUGGCAAUCGCUCGGCAGCGGUACCAAACCAGUAUGAACUAACCGUGCAGGGUAUACGUUUUGCCGUUACGAAGAACGGAAGCAAACUCGUCAAGAUUCCCGGUGCGUCGAAAACGCGGUCGCAAGCGCUGGCUGUGCCCAAUACUCACCGUUUCACAGGCGAUCUCAACUCGGGUCCGACCCCAAAAAUGGCCAUCGUAGGCGGUGUCAAGUUCUACCGCAGUAAGAACGGGAACUUGUACCGCCAUGGAAUUGUUAAAGCGCAGCGGCAAUCCGGCGCCGUUAAGAAGGUCAACGUGCCUUGCCGCAACUUCUCCAUGACCGGUUCAUGCACCAAAGGCCCCCGGUGCCGAUACAUCCACGACCCGGCCAAGGUUGCCGUUUGCAAGGACUUUCUCCAACAAGGGGAAUGCAUUAACGGUGACUCUUGCGAUCUUUCGCACGAACUCUCCGCUGAACGCACCCCCACGUGCUUGCACUUCAUUAGGGACAGUUGCACAAAACCUGACUGCAAAUUCACUCACGCAAAAGUGUCUCCAGCUGCCCCGGUCUGCCGAGAGUUUGGCCUCUACGGCUACUGCGAGAAGGGUGCCAGCUGCACUGACCGCCAUGUUUUCGAAUGUCCCGACUUCAGCAACACUGGCGUGUGUAAUACCCAGGGUUGUAAACUGCCGCACCGGGAGAGGGCGAGCGUAUUGCGUAGGGCCAAUGCCCGCGACGACGCGGAGAUGGAGGAUCUAUCCAGCGAAGAUGAAUCAGUCGAUAGCGAUGAUGUCGACUCGGACGAGGUUGACGAGUUUGUUGGCCAGGACGACGAUCCUGACUUGGAUUUCGCCGAGCAAAAGGACUUCAUUCAGUUUUGAUUGGUGCGGUCCUGGCUCAUCUGUUUUGGUCCUUGGUUUUUCCUAAGCCUUGCCGGCUUAUUGAUACCCUUUGAUGUUUCUGUUUUUCUGUUGCGCAACCCGCUACAUUUUCCGGGUUGGCAGUGGGUAGAGGAGGAUAAGAAGAGUAAAAAAAAGGAGGGAAGAGAAAAGCAAAAGAAACAAGAGAAAAGAAAUUUCCAAAGGUUGGGGGGUUUUCACUUCGAAGAACAAUCUAGACUACGCACUUGUUAGAGUAUAGAUAAUGGACAGCAAGAUCGCACAUGAUAUCGGAC